AUGGUGGACGAGAGGAAGCUUGGUCACGUCAGAUCCGGAAAACGACAAAGGCCGAACACGACAACUAAAAAGGGCCAUCCGCUCGAGCAUAGGGCAGCCCAACAUUAUGCUCUCAAAAGUACCGACAUUAAUGAGGACCCAUUCGAGGGUGAGCGUGCGCAAACGUUUAAACCGCACGCUCUCGACUGGGCUCACCCUGCACAUGAACAGGGACUCGGCUACGAAGACUGCCGAGGGCAGGAUGUCAUAGAAAGGAAACUUGAGUUUGAGGGCAGGUAUCGUCGGGAUCCAUUUGUCGAGAAGGGAGACGGCUAG